GUCCUAAGAGCAGACAACAGACUCCCACAUGUUGGUUGCUAUGGCAAUCAGUACAUGACUUCCUCGUCUUUAUCACUGCUACCGCGCACACUUAAUCUUACAACGCUUCUUAAAGGACACAAGACACUAGUGUCCAACGUUAAAAUGUUUGCAAGGAAAAGAAGAGAAACAAAUUACCUAAAAAGAAUGAUAUGCCAAAAGCAAGAGAACGAUACACGAAACUCCAAGCCAGCAGAUGGCAUGAACACCUACAAUGCUGAAGCAGAAUCAAUGGAAUCUGAUAAUUUUAAAGGAGAAUUCGAAUUUUCCUUGGCCAAUAUAAAGAACUGGGAAAGUUUUAUUAAUUUUUUAUACAAACCAAUGGAUCCUGCGUCUCUCGGCUUAGUAAGAUUAAUGUUUGGUUUCAUGAUGGUAUUGGAUAUCCCAGAAGAAAGAGGCUUGGCAGAUGCAGAUAUAAACUGGGGAGAUCCAAAUGAAUGUAGAUUUCCAUUAUUUGAUUUUCUACAGCCUUUGCCACUUCAGUGGAUGUGUAUUGUAUACCUCAUAAUGUGGAUAGGUGCAUUCGGGAUCAUGAUUGGGUUCUUUUACCAUGCAAGUUGCCUUGCAUUUAUAGUUCCUUAUUGGUAUAUCUUCCUCUUGGACAAAACUUCCUGGAAUAACCAUUCAUAUUUAUAUGGGAUAAUAUCUAUAUUGCUAUUAGGCUCACAAGCUAAUCGAUAUGCAAUCCUUGAUAUUCUCUUUGGGAAGGUAAAACGUAACAGUCCUGUACCUCUAUGGAAUUAUUUUAUUCUACGAUUUCAAAUUUUUGUCUUAUAUUUCUUUGCUGGAUUAAAAAAGAUGGAUCGAGAUUGGCUAGAUGGAUACUCAAUGCAGAACCUCAGCAAUCAUUGGAUAUUUGAUCCAUUUAAAGUUUUACUGACAUCAGAACAGGUGGAUUUUUGGAUAAUUCACUUAAAUGGCUUUGCCCUUGACUUCAGUAUUGGAUUUUUCCUGAUUUACAACAGAACACGGCCAUAUGCUUUAUGUGUUUUAUGUUUGUUUCAUAUCACGAAUUCACGACUAUUUACUAUCGGAAUGUUCCCUUAUGUCUGCUUAGCAACGAUGCCUAUUUUUUGUGAUGCAAAUUGGCCACGAAAAGUUCUUAAAAUAUUUUCAGCAUCAAAAUCAGCUGUUAAGGAUAAUGAUCAGGACAAGAAAUGUACAACAUCCCUACUGCCUGCAGAGGCCAAUAGAGCUAAACAGAAGGUUAAGAAAUUAAAAGGAGCUCCUACCUACACAUUAAAAAUUGGCUGGAAGCACAAAGUGGUUGGAUUCCUGCUGAUCAGCCACAUUGGUCUGCAAGCUUUCCUACCAUACUCUCACUUUAUUACCAAGGGAUACAACAAUUGGACCAAUGGUCUGUAUGGCUAUUCCUGGGAUAUGAUGGUUCACACCUGGGAUACGGUGAUGGCAGUUGUCAAAGUUGUGGAUCAUGAAACAGGGCAGGAACAUUUCCUAGAUCCAGAGGCUUGGGUUCAAACAGAUCGCUGGGAGAAGCACGCAGACAUGUUAAUUCAGUAUGCCCAGUGCCUCAAAAGUAACUUACUAAAUGGAGUAAGCACAAAUGAUUAUAGGCUUAGUAAAAAUAUAUCAAUCUAUGUUGACAUAUGGUGCUCGUUAAAUGGUCGUUUCCAGCAACGUAUGUUUGAUCCAAGAGUGGAUUUACUAACGGCUGAUUGGUCACCUAUUAAAGAAGUGUCAUGGCUGAUGCCAUUGCUGACUGAAUUUAGCUCAUGGAGAAAACAGAUUACGAAACUAGAGAAGGAAAUUUACUCAUGGUCAGAAUAUAGUGAUGUCAUAUUUGUAGCUGAUUUUCCAGAUCUGACUCUUGAAAACUACAUAAGUGAAGAUCUAACUAAUAUAACCCUGACAGUUUUGGAAGGUGAUGUAAUUGUUGAAAUAGGAGAAAAUGAAACUGUUCAACCAAUGAGGAAAGCAAAAGAAAAAAUAUCAUGGCAUAGAAUUACAAAGGACGAAUCUGUAGGUAUUCCAGCUAGAACAUUUCACAGGGUUCACACAGUGUCUAUGACUCCAGCUUGCUACAUGUACACCUAUGUCAAUCACACAAGACAACUACAAGAUCAAAAAGAAAAUGGGAACACUCAAAAUGCAGAAGUGGGUCAGAAGAAUAAAGGACUGUGGAAUGAAUUUAUGCUUCGAUUGCAGAACAUAGCAAGGGCAAUUGGACUAGUCAGCAACGCAAUACUUAACGUUUUGUAUUCUGUCCCGAUGAUUAAAAGAGUUCAAGUGGUAUAAUGCUGCAAUUAUUUAACAUAGUCUUUGUAUGUGAAAAAUUUUAUCAAGUGACGAAGAUUUCAAGCAAAAGAUAUUUAGGAAAUUUUAUAGUUGAAUGAUUUAAACAUUCCAUAAGAAAGAGAUACUGGUAAAUACAAUGGUCUGCUGCUGUGCCAGAUUUACAUAAAAGCUAAAAAGCUACAGCUUAGGGCCUCACAACCUGAAGGGGCCUUAAAAUACUGAAAGUAAAAAUCACCCCAAGACUAUGCAGCACUGUCUUGUAAAACUUGGAUGACAAUAAAUGUCCAACUGCAUCUUAUCAGAUUAGAAUGAAAAAAAUAUAUGCAGAAAAGCUGUGACAAAUGAGAGUAGGUGGGGAGACAGAAUUUCUCCUUGAGGUCCAGCUGUAUAGUUCACGUACAUGGACGUACAUUUCUUUCUUAGAUUUUUGAAAAAGAAAUAUAGGAGCCUAUCUUUAUCCUAACUCAUGAGAUCACAAAAUCUUAAUCUGGUUUUUCUACACAGAACAUAUAAAUAUGCAGUAAUACUGUUUUCAUAGUUUGUUCGUGUCAGUAUUUAUAUUAAAUCAUCCAAAUGGAAGUUAUGUGAUACACAGGGCAGUUAUUUGAGAGAUUAAGAUCAGGUCAUUCAUUGGUAUCAACUCAGAGUACAGCUGCUAGGUUAUCUUUUAAGUCACAAGUUUUCCUCAGUCCUGCUCAGAACUGACAUACCAGACAGGCUCAAUAUUCCAAGACGGGGGCUAACAGACCAAUAACAUACAGAAGUAUUGAUGGAAGGAUGCCACCACAAUACUGUGAGUAAUCUAAUUGUCAUGUUCCAUCUAUACAACUCUAAAAAUGUAUACUCAUUCAACUGUUUAUUAAAAAUCACUACAUGUUUCGACCAUCCAACUGGUCAUCAUCAGGUGAUACACUUACAAGUGUUUUUGAAUUGAAACUAUUUUAACUAACACAGUUAGUUUGAUCAUGCAGCAGGAUGCACUCUAUAAAGAUACUGUAAGUAGUGUGUGACCAUUUAUCAUUUCCAAAAUCAUAAGAUUACUUUGGAUGAAAUCUGAUAUGUAAGGUGAGCAUUAGGAGCUGCAGAGUGGAUGUAACUUUGGAUACUGGACAACUGGAAUUCAUAUUCCUUAUAAAGUAUAAUUGUUUUAUUUAUAUUUUAACAAUAAUAUCUUUUAACUUUUGAAUGUCAUUCAUUUUAAAAAUAUCUGGAAAUAUGUGAAUAACUGUACACUUACAUUGAAAACAUGAAUGGAAUAUUAAAACGUAUUGAAGAAAACAUGCAUUAUAUAGAAACAUAUUUUUUUUGCACAUCUACAUAAAAAUUAAACCUAUCUACAAGGGUGACCAAUCAGAGAAGUGAAAUGCAAAGAACAGGUAUGGAUACCAUGUGUAUUGUAAAAUGGAGUACACCUCUUUACCCUUUGUUGUCAUG